ACAACCAAACCUCCGCCUCCUCCCCUGCUCUCCCAUCAUCCGCAGAAGCCCACCCAAGUCCUCGCUCGCUCGCCGAGAUCCAUGGCGGCCGCGGUGGCUGGGAGAGGAUGCGCACGGGAGGAGGAGUUCAGCGAGCUGUUGUGGACCUGCUGUCCAUCGUGCGGGCCAGCAACCGCUGCCGCUGCCAGCAGCAGGAGGCGCGGGCGGAGAUCCCCUUGUGGGGCCGGCGCCGGCCGAGGAAGGCCCCGGCGGCGCCACUGAACGAGAAGCCCGCGGCCGAUGACGAUAGUAGCGAGGGCAUCGCCAGCCCGGACACCACGCUUGCCUUCCCCGAGGACGACGAGGCGGCGGCGACGGACGACGAGGCCAAGGCCAGCGCACAAGACAAGUGGCCGAGGUGGAGCUAUAGGCCACCGAGGUUGCCUAUGUCGUGGGUGAGGAGGAGGAUGGCGAAUGGGAAGCACCGAAGAUUGACAACCCCAACUCCCCAAGUGUGAAGAGGCACCUGGUUGUGGUGAAUGGAAGAGGCGGAUGAAGCAGAAUCCUUCCUACAAAGGCAAGUGGCAUGCACCCCUGAUUGACAACCCCAGCUACAAGGGAAUCUGGAAGCCCCAAGAUAUCCCCAACCCUGAGUACUUUGAGCUUGACAAGCCUGACUUUGAUCCAAUUGCUGCUAUUGGAAUUGAGAUUUGGACAAUGCAUGAUGGCAUCGUUUAUGGCAAUAUUCUUUUUGCCGAUGAUUAGAAGGUAGCCACCUCUAUCCUGGAGAAGACAUGGAAGCCCAAGUUUGAUGUUGAGAAGGAAAAAAGUAGAUGGCUUAGUGGAUCAUCUAGCCUCCCACUUGGCAAGGUGCAGCGACCCUCUUCUUGUUUUCUCUUUCCCAAGAGCACAUCAUGGAUUAUCAGCAGGAUUGAGCCGAUGAUCUAGAUCGAGCAGGUCAAAGGAACUUGCCAGCAACACUCCUCUUUGAUCUGGUAUGUCGUUCAUCUCGGGUGAUUUCUACCCUGGAAAAUAACAUGGAACAUCAAAAACUGCAUUUUGAAAAGGUUACUGCAAACUUGAUUUUAUUUAUCCUGCAUUUAUGAAAAUUUAUGAAUAGGACAAUCGUUCGUGUUUUCUUCCAGAUGUUCUAAUGUAUAAAACGAUGCCAUGAUAGUUGGCAUUCAUGCUUCAAGUAUGAGAUCAGCUCAACCAUCUCCAAUAGUCUUCUUUCUUGUUAUCCAGGACUUAAAAGAGCAGAAAAUCUUUGAACAAGGGGUGGAUGGGGGUACACGGUUUGGUCCCCUGUGUAGAAUAAAACAGUUUUAUGAUACAUAGGCUACAAUUUUCAGAACUGAAACACAGGUAGGUUCCAGUUGUGAUUCUGAUGUACAACUUCGAUUAGUAUUUAUUCCCACUGGCUGUAUAUACUACCUAUGAAAUUUGUGGAAUUUUGAUCAAAUUUGUAAUGCAUGGCCUAUCAGCUUAUUCUCUGUUAUCUAGCUUGUUCAUCUGUUAGCCCAGCUAAAAUAAUUCUGCUGUUUGUAUUUGAUUGAAAAAUAUCAUGAGCUUACGAGUUGAUUUCACAUAUUUAUUUGACAAGCCCGGUUGUAUUUGGCAACCUCUGGCUUAAUUUUCAAUUUGACAGGCCUAUUGUUUAGUAUGUCUGAUAUACCACGCAAUUUGUACAAGAACCAAAGGAUUAUUGUAGUCUGCAUGUGUGCAUCCUCUGUAACUAUCAGUCUAUUAUGAUAACUGACAAUAAAUUAUGAUGGCAUCCAAGGAUUUGUACCCUGAAUAUAAUGCUUUGCCAUCACCUUAGAUUAUAAGUUUGAUAUUUUAGGAAGCGUGUUACUUAGAACAACUUAUUAAGGUUAUCUGAAAACAUAGAUUACACAAAACCUGAGUUUUUGGAUGGACAAGAGCAAGUUGAUUAUGAUGUUAUCUUUUCUGCAUAGCAUGGACGCCCUGCACUGCCCCCACCAGGAUUGCGCUGCCUUGCCCUGCCCGAUCGAUGCCGGCUACGUCGCUACACUCCCCACGGCCAGGUAAGUGCCUAGGCCAAGUAACAAGUUAUCACAUCUUCGUGAUCCAGUUAAAUGUGCCAAUGGACAAGUACGUACCAUCCUAUAGAUAUUGUUGUCAUUGUUCUUCUGUUGUCAGUAUGACAAAAAAAAGAAUUCAUCCAGUCUAGGCCCUCCUCCUUAGUGCAUGAUGGUAAUGUGUGUGUUGUGGUCAGCUUGCAGUGGCAGAUAGUUCACAGUCCCAACUCCAGUGUUAACUCUGUUAUUCUCUUACUAAUACUUCCAUAAGAUAAGAUUGUAAACUAAAUCUGCUGUUGUGUCAUAUUAUUAUCAUCUGAUUACUAAUUAAACUAAUAGUAAGAUAUUUUAUACCCUUUUGUAGAUGGUGAAGACUUUGCAGGUGUUCAGAGAAAUGAUGUGCUAUUCAAGGGGUUUGGGAGCACUAAUAAAGAAUCUCUUGCUGAACUUUUUGUACCACUAAUGAUUAAAGUGAGUUCUUUAUAGUUUGCUUCAAUUUAUUGUAGGAGGAUAUCUAGUGCAAAAGCAUAAUUCGAUGCAGCCAUGCUUUUUUGUCGAUGAAUUUAAUUUGACAAUGUUCCUAUAUAGUUCCAGUUAUAAAUGUAGCCUUAGCUCCUUGCAGCAAACAUCUCCACGUAAAGUUAACUCCACCAUGUGUUCAACCUCUAAACUCACCUGACACCGCCUGUAAUGGGAUGACCUUGUUCAUUUGAGCGAUGACAUUGUUGUCAUUUGACCUUCAGAUCAUUUUCCUCUGAAAUAGUGAUUAAUUAAGUAACUUUGUUCUUCAAUAUGAUGAUCCUCUUUCCUCAGAACAUGAUUAAGCCACAUGAUUCCAUCAUGUAGUGUAUAGCUUGUCCUAGCUCAACUUACAGUUGUUAUUUAGCUCCUCCAUUUUCUAACAAUGUGCACAUGUCUACGUUUGGGAACCUUGGAAACAAAAUGCAAUUGCGAUAUUUGGGAUUGAAAGCAAAAAAAAGGUGGGAAGCUGUCCCGUAAUAACAAGGAAAGAGGGAUUCCGUGAAAAAAGUGGGAAGCCAGACGUCCUGUAAUAAGAAGAAAGUGUCCUAAUAAGGAAGAAUGGAGAGAACAAAGAAGGAAAGGAGGGAUUCCGUGAAUUGAUAAUAAAGAAGGAAAGGGAGAGAUUUCUAGGAUUGAUAUUAAAGAAGUAAACCAGCUAGAAAUCAAUCAAAAGUCUCCCCCUCAAAAAAAUUUCAUCCUCUGCCCUAGCUAUAAUCCCAUGAACGAAGUUUUACCCUGUCCAUAACUCGAGAGAAAAUUAUAUUAGAUUUAUUUAUUUAUUGUUUAUAAUCACCGGGAAAAAUUAUGUUAGAAAAUACUAUGCCUAAGUCAUAAUAAAGAAAUUAUUUAUUUAUUGUUCAUGUACAAUAAAUUUUUGAGAAUUAUAAUGAAAAAGAUAGUACCGGUUAAAAAUAGGUGCUUGAUUGUUGGGCACGAAUAGUGUAUGCUACACAGUCCCUAAACCUAGCCAACAUUGCUUCAUGAAAAUUCGUGUUACCUCCGUAGUGAAGCAAAAAACAUUGUACUAAAAUGGACUUUACUAUUUACGGUAUAAUGCGAUAUGUUUUGGGCAUCACUAAGCAACUCCAACAAAGGCAUGAAAAGAUACUCACAACCAGGUAGAUAUCUCUAUGAUUUAAAUUCCACACAUCUUUAGUACACUUCUGAAAUACGUUUAUAUUUUUCUGCAAUACAUAUUUUUAUGGCAGGAUGGAGGAUUUCAAAGAGUUUGUUCAUGUCAUCAUGCCUGGCGGUGUGUCAUGGAAUGAGAGGGGGUCUUGAGCAAUUGGGUUAGGAAAGUGUGGUUUUUUUUCACCCGAUGCAACACACGGACAUUUGUGCUAGUAUAUAGUACGCACACUUGUGCGUAUUCGAUAAAAAACUUUAAUUGGUGGCGCGCCACUUUCAAUCCAUAUCGCAACUAUUUUUCUGAAAUACCAAUGGCGUGGGCAUAUUUCGUAUGCCAU